AACAAGUAUCUAUCAAAAAAAAAAAAAAAAAAAAAUGGCAACAGCGUCGCAGAUGCCAUGUACGUUCGAGUUUUCCAGAGGCAAUGGCACCGGUGUAGCGGAAGCGAUCGGAAAUUGGGGUUUCUCUAACAAAACGUGUACCGCCGGCCAUGAAUUACAACGUUUAAAAUGUCUCUUCGCAAAAAUGGAUUAUUUACGCAAACCGUCCGUUAAACCAUUGUGCGUCAAGUACGAUUGCAGAUACGAUCCCGAGGCUUGGCAUGUUAAGCCUAGCCCCGAGGAAUGCAAGCCAGCAUGGACGUUUCCUAUAAACAGGCCUCUAAUUACUUAUUCCUCCACCGCCACGAUUAUAAAGCUCUCCAAUCUGACUAAUAUCGGAACAGACUUAGAUUACGUUGUACCAGGUCGCAGUUAUGUUAAACAAGGCACGUCAAAAUGGUACCAACGUGUUCCAGAUGUUUGCUGUCAACCUAGUUGUUUAGCUCCACAAUGUCCUGUACCGUGUUGUCAAAAAUAUUGUUAGUAAUUAGUCGACGGAUUCGUUAAACAGAAUAUUUCCCAUAUCC